AUGUUUGGAGGGCAGGACAGGUUUCAGGAGGUGGAUAAGAAGCUCAGGAGUUGUCAGGAGGACAUGUGUGCCAAUGGCCACAUAGAUAUACAUUUCCAUUCAUCCAGCUCUGUUCUGUUCUGUUAUUCUCCCAGGUUCCAUUCAUCCAGCUCUGUUCUGUUCUGCUGUUCCCCCAGUUCCAUUCAUCCAGCUCUGUUCUGUUCUGUUGUUCUCCCAGGUUCCAUUCAUUCAGCUCUGUUCUGUUCUGUUAUUCUCCCCAGGUUCCAUUCAUCCAGCUCUGUUCUGUUCUGUUAUUCCCCCAGGUUCCAUUCAUCCAGCUCUGCUCUGUUCUGUUAUUCCCCCAGGUUCCAUUCAUCCAGCUCUGCUCUGUUCUGUUAUUCCCCCAGGUUCCAUUCAUCCAGCUCUGUUCUGUUAUUCCCCCAGGUUCCAUUCAUCCAGCUCUGUUCUGUUAUUCCCCCAGGUUCCAUUCAUCAAGCUCUGUUCUGUUAUUCCCCCAGGUUCCAUUCAUCCAGCUCUGUUCUGUUAUUCUCCCAGGUUCCAUUCAUCCAGCUCUGUUCUGUUCUGUUAUUCCCCCAGGUUCCAUUCAACCAGCUCUGUUCUGUUCUGUUAUUCCCCCAGGUUCCAUUCAUUCAGCUCUGUUCUGUUCUGUUAUUCCCCCAGGUUCCAUUCAUCCAGCUCUGUUCUGUUCUGUUAUUCCCCCAGGUUCCAUUCAUCCAGCUCUGUUCUGUUCUGUUAUUCCCCCAGGUUCCAUUCAUCCAGCUCUGCUCUGUUCUGUUAUUCUCCCAGGUUCCAUUCAUCCAGCUCUGUUCUGUUCUGCUGUUCCCCCAGUUCCAUUCAUCCAGCUCUGUUCUGUUCUGUUAUUCCCCCAGGUUCCAUUCAUCCAGCUCUGUUCUGUUCUGUUAUUCUCCCAGGUUCCAUUCAUUCAGCUCUGUUCUGUUAUUCCCCCAGGUUCCAUUCAUCCAGCUCUGUUCUGUUCUGUUACUCCCCAGGUUCCAUUCAUUCAGCUCUGUUCUGUUCUGUUACUCCCCAGGUUCCAUUCAUCCAGCUCUGUUCUGUUCUGUUAUUCUCCCCAGGUUCCAUUCAUCCAGCUCUGUUCUGUUCUGUUAUUCCCCCAGUUCCAUUCAUUCAGCUCUGUUCUGUUCUGUUACUCCCCAGGUUCCAUUCAUCCAGCUCUGUUCUGUUCUGUUAUUCUCACAGUUCUGGUGCUGUGGAGUUCUGGUGCUGUGGAGUUCUGGUGCUGUGGAGUUCUGGUGCUGUGGAGUUCUGGUGCUGUGGAGUUCUGGUGCUGUGUAA